GUGGUUACUGAGCUAGCUACAGGUAUUAUGAGCCAGUCAAGUACAACCCCACAGCACGUCACCCUCCCAAAGCACACCUCAGCAAUCCCUCACCAACUGCCCAGCUUUUUCGUUUCUUGCCCUGCAAACAGAGCUUCAGACUCUUCUUCCCUCCUCAAUACUUUCGCUUCGCAGUCGGCUGGGCCACUUCUGACCCUUUAGCUGACCCCCCCGACACCUCUACCGCCUCACCAACCUCUCAAUCAGUCACCUCCGAAGCUUCGCCUGGUGAAGAGAAGGACACAAUCAUGCUCCCCCACAGAUAGCCCUUCUUAUCAUUUGCACCAUCGGAUGUAGCAUGAACGGAGAGUCACAUGAACGCCGCGAUGAGCGGAUUCAAGAGCUAUGGCGCAACCUUGACACUCGAAAUGAGGGUCAGCUCGACCUGUCUGCCCUCAAGAAAGGCCUGCGCAAAAUCGACCACCCUCUGAAAAACGCCGAUGCCUUACUCCACGAUGUCCUCAAAGCGGUCGAUACCUCGGGCGAUGGACGCAUACAAUAUAACGAGUUUAGGGUGUUCGUGGAACAUGCCGAGCGCGAACUCUGGCAACUUUUCGAAAGUAUAGAUAAAGACCACAACGGCGCGCUGGACAAGGCAGAGCUCCGUGCCGCAUUCAGCAGAGCGGGCUUGACAAUAAGUAACGCGAAGCUGGAUCAAUUUUUUGACGAGGUCGAUGUCAACCAUGACGGGCAGAUUUCCUUUGAUGAAUGGAGAAAUUUUCUUCUCUUCCUACCUGCGAGCGCACCCACUCUCGGGUCUCUUAUAUCAUAUUACUCGGCGACAGCAAAUGUCAACCAAGAGGGCGAUGUCCAUAUCAAUGACACCCUUCAAGGAUUUGAAAUCCUCAUCCCACUAGGCUAUUUCAUAGCAGGUGGCUUAGCAGGCAUGAUCUCGCGGACAGCCACAGCUCCACUGGACCGACUCAAAGUCUACCUAAUUGCACAGACGAAUCCCAAACAGGCGGCGGUAGAAGCGGCCAAAAAGGGGGCACCUCUCCAGGUGAUUAAGAACUUUGCCCGGCCAUUGGUCGACGCAUGUAAAGAUCUGUGGCGAGCUGGAGGAAUGCGAAGCCUUUUCGCCGGGAACGGACUCAAUGUCGUCAAGGUCAUGCCGGAGUCAGCAAUCAAGUUCGGUGCAUACGAGGCCGCGAAGAAGAUGUUUGCCGAGUUUGAGGGAUCAGAUCCAAAGCAUCUACACCCGACCUCUCAGUUCCUAGCCGGUGGCAUUGGUGGCGCGGUUGCUCAAUGCGUGGUUUAUCCUCUUGAUACUUUGAAAUUCCGCAUGCAAUGCGAAACGGUUGAAGGCGGCUUACAUGGAAACGCAUUGAUCGCCCAAACGGCGCGGAAGAUGUGGAAACAGGGCGGACUCAUGCCAUAUUACCGAGGGUUAGGGAUGGGCCUCGCGGGUAUGUUCCCUUACAGCGCAAUCGACCUGUUCAUCUUUGAAAACUGCAAGCAUUUUGUGCUGGCCCGAAAAGCCAAGAAACACCGCUGCCACGAGGAGGAUGUCGAAAUGAGCAACUUUCACACAGGCAUCAUUGGAGCAACUUCGGGGGCGAUCAGCGCGACGGCUGUCUACCCGAUCAAUCUGUUAAGGACGAGGUUGCAAGCCCAAGGCACAGUGCUGCACCCGCCCACAUACAAGGGCAUCGUCGAUGUUACGAUCAGAACGGUCCAGGGAGAAGGAGUGAAAGGAUUGUUCAAGGGAGUGACGCCGAACCUUUUGAAGGUAGCGCCGGCAGUCAGCAUCAGCUAUAUUGUCUACGAGAACAGUAAGCAGUUGAUGGGCCUCCAUUGAUCUGGGGCAUACCUUGUUCGGCCAGAGAUAGACACCCCAAGCAACGAAUUUUAUGAAAGUAUGUGUACAUUAGACUUCGUGAAGAAAGCAGCUCAUUUUUAUUUGUUUUUGUC